CUCCAGGAGGCGCCCUUCCUCACGCCCCGCCUCACAUGAUUGCCGCCACGUGACGGACGCGGCGCGGGUCACAUGAGAGGCGCGGGGUUGUGGUGCGGAAGGAGUCACAUGAUCCCGUUCCGAGCUCGCGCUUGUUUCCUCUUCCUUGCUCGGUUAUGUCAAUGGAGUAACCUCUGAGUUUCUUUUCGCCCGCCGCCAUGAGACGCCCCGCUUGCGCCCCUCUUAGCGGGGCGCCCCCGCCGCGGCCGGCCGGGCCUGGGGCUCUGCGCUGGCUGCCGUUGCUCUUCCUGCUGUUCCCGAGUCCGGAGGGAGGCAGCUUCGCCUCCGGGGCGGCCCAGAGCAGCUUUAAUUACCGGGACCUGUGCGGCUAUACUUGGGAAGCUGUUAAUCCUGACAAAGUACACUAUAAAAUAAACCUCUGUGGUAACGCCUCAGAAUGUGGAAGCUCCAGUACUAUUUGUGCAUAUGACAUAAAAAACCAACUCUAUUUCUCAGUAGGUGACUCCUCACUGAUGAGAAGUUCUGAAUUGCUUUUAGAGUUCAACACAACGAAAUCAUGUUCACAGCAAGGCACUCAACAUGUAGUUCAAAGUAAUAUCAACUUCUUUUGUGGGAAGACCCUAGGUUCCCCAGAAUUUGUAGCUUCAACUGAAUGUGUGCACUACUUUGAGUGGAGGACUUUUGUUGCAUGCAAGAAGGACUUGUUCAAACCAACAAAAGAGGUACCCUGCUAUGUAUUUGAUAAAGACUUGAAGAAGCGUGAUUUGAACCCCUUGAUUAAGAGUUCUGGAGGAUAUUUGGUGGAAGAUUCUGAUGAAGAUUCGGAGCUAUACAUCAACAUCUGUAGAAACAUAGGAGGAUCCUCAACUGAAACCAGGAUUUGUCCAGUGGGAAGUGCAGCUUGCCUAUUGAAGGGUGGUCAAGCAUUUGAUUUGGGGCAUCCUAAAGAACAACUCAAAUCGCUUGAUAAAUAUAGGCUUUCUGUGAAGUAUGAAAGAUUUAGCAAUGAGGAGAAGCCAGACUUCUGCGAAGGUCAUGAUCCUGCAGUGACUAUUACUUUCGUAUGUCCGCAAGGGAGGAGAAGAGAGGACACAAGUCCUAAACUCACAGCUCAAAGCAACUGCCGGUUUGAAAUUGAGUGGGUUACAGAGUCAGCUUGUGUCAGGGACUACUUAGAGAGUAAUAGCUGUACUCUAACCAAUGAACAGCAUGGUAUCUACGUAAACUUGUCAUCCCUCACACAAUCUCCAGACUAUGUUUCACCUUACCUUGCUAAAGACAAAGAAGAAUAUUAUUAUUACCUGAAUGUAUGUGGGAAAACAACAGGAGGUUCCUGCACUGAUGCAUAUGCUGCUUCAUGCCAAGUCAAACCUCAAAAUAAUCAGAAUAAAGUGGCAGGAAAAUUUGCAAAUCAAACUCUGAGGUAUGCUGAUGGGGACCUCAUUUUGACAUAUCCAGGAGGAGAUCCUUGCAGCUCUGGUUUCCAACGAAUGACUGUCAUAAACUUUGAAUGCAACCAGACAGCAGAUGAUGAUGGCAAAGGUCACCCAGAGUUUACUGGUGAAACAGACUGCACAUAUUUCUUUAGCUGGCAAACAAAAUAUGCAUGUAUUGGAGAAAAGGAAGAUCUCCCUUGCAUGGUAGCAGAUAAAAAGAAACGCUACGACUUGACACGAUUGAUUCGUCAUUCUGACUCAGAACAGAAUUGGGAAGCUGUAGAUGGAAAUCCUGUAGAAGUAGAAAGGAAACACUUUUUCAUAAAUGUCUGUCACAAAGUCCUUCAGAAAGGAGCAGCAAUGAACUGUCCAAAGGAGGCUUCUGUCUGCUCAGUUGAUAAAAACAAUAGUACAGAAAACCUGGGGACAUUUAUGUCUUCUCCAACAAAGGUUGGGGAGAAUAUUCAGCUUCUCUAUUCAGAUGGUGAUGAGUGUAAACCGAACAAGAAGGCUGAAACAAAGAUUCUUCUUAUAUGCAAACCAGGUGACCUGGAAAGUGCUCCUGUUUUGAUUAGCUCUGGGUAUGAUGGGUGCUUGUAUGAGUUUGAAUGGCAUACUGCAGCAGCCUGUGUCCUUUCCAAAACAAAAGGUGACCACUGUAGAGUUUCUGACUCUCAAGCUGGGUUUUCUUUUGACUUAUCUCCACUGAUGAACAAGACCUAUCCAGUAAACACAAGUGACUAUACUUUCCAUAUCAGUAUUUGUGGCAGUGUAGAGAACACGUUGUGUGGAUCACAGUCUGCAGCAUGCCAAGUAAAGAAAGGUGGUGGUGCGUGGAGUUUGGGGAUGCCCAGUUCUGAGCUCUCCUACUAUGAUGGAAUGAUUCAGCUGAACUAUCAGAAUGGUACACCCUACAACAAUGAGAAGCAGACAAAACGGUCUACCCAUAUAACUUUCCUAUGUGAUCGUGAAGCAGGCCUGGGUGUACCUGAGUAUCAGGCAGAAGACAACUUCACAUACAACUUCAAGUGGUACACUCAGUAUGCCUGUCCAGAGAUACCCAUAGAAUGUGUUGUAACGGAUCCUCAAACUCUGGAACAAUAUGAUCUUUCAAGUUUAUCAUUAUCAGGAGGCAGAACCGAAAACUGGUUUGCCAUGGACAACUCUGAACAGCAUGUUCACAAAAAAUACUACAUAAAUAUCUGCCGACCUUUGAACCCUGUCCCAGGCUGUGACAGACGGGCCUCAGUCUGUGAAAUGACUUAUAAGGUAGGGGAGAGAACUGGCUCUUCAGAAAUUUCCAACAGUAACUUGGGAAUUGCUAGCCAUGCUCCCGUAAUUGAAGGACGAGGCAGAAUCCUCCUAAACUACACUGGUGGUGCUCUGUGUGUCAGAGCAGAUGAUGACAAGAUUGAGCCUUUCUCAAGCCUUAUCCAUCUCUCCUGUUCCAAGGGUGCUCUUAAUAGUAGCCCAAGAUUCAUAGAGAUAAAAGACUGCGUUGCAACAUUUCUGUGGGAGACAGAAGCUGCCUGUCCAGUGACAACAACUGAAGGAGAAGCUCAGAAUUGCUCUGUAAAGGAUCCGAACACUGGCUUUGUAUAUAACCUGGAGUCAUUAGCUUCAGAAAGAGGAUACUUAGUCAUGGGAGUUGGGAAGGAGUACAUGAUAAAUAUUUGUGGACCAGCAAAUGAUUGUAAGCCUACUGAAAAUACACCAAAUGAAGAUUCAAUUGGUGGGUGUGAAACAGAAGAUUUGAAACACAUUCGUUUGGUGAAACUGAACAAAACUCUUCAGCUGUCUACAGAAGGGUAUCUGUCUCUUACUUACAGAGGGCCUGAUGACAGCUUCAUCAUCACCUUUGUCUGCAAUCAGUCCUAUCCUGGAGAACUUAAAUUUGUGCACGAAGAGAUGAAUUCUGCCCGCAACAUUCAUAAUACUUUCUUUGAGUUUCACACAGCCUUAGCAUGUCCACCUGCUCCAGUUGACUGUCAGGUUACAGAUGCUGCUGGCAAUGAAUACGACCUGAGUGACUUGAGCAGAGAAAACAAGCCUUGGAUUGCUUUGGAUACAUCAAAAGAUGCAAAGACAAGAACUUUCUAUCUGAAUGUUUGUAAACCUCUUCCAUAUGUUCCAGGGUGCCCUGGUGGUGCAAUAGGAUCUUGUGUGAAAUAUGGUACCAAAGGUCAGAAUCUUGGUAUGAUUCAAAUAAGCCCUCAAGCUGCCACAGAUGGAUCUCUUAGUGUUGUGUACUUAAGUGGAGAUAAAUGCAAAGGUAACCGGCAAUAUUCAACACGCAUCAUUUUCCAGUGUGAUCAAGCUAUGGGAUCACCGGUGUUUCAGCAUGAAGAGGACUGUGAGUUUGUGUUUGUGUGGAGAACAUUAGCAGCUUGUCCUGUGCACAGAGCAGAAGGUAUGAACUGUCAAGUGAAAGAUCCAAGGUAUGGGUAUGUGUAUGAUCUGGCACCACUUGGUGGGAAAGAUAAAAAAGUAAGCACCAGUGAAUAUGACUACUACUUCAGAGUCUGUGGAGGACUAACGGAAGGAAUAUGCAGACAACCAAGACGAAAUACGGAUGUGGUGUCGUCAUGUCAGAUUAAGACUCAAAGUCCAAGUUUUAAAAAAAUAGCAGGUUUGCAUACUACAAAGUUGACAUAUGAUAAUGGGUUGAUCAAAAUCAACUACACCAGCGGGGAAACUUGCCACAAGAUAUAUGAGCGUUCAACAGCCAUAUUUUUCUAUUGUGAUCCUCACCCAGAUUUGGAGCCAGUAUUCCUGAAGGAAACUGAAGACUGCACUUACAUGUUUGAAUGGCACACCCCUUUUGCCUGUCCUCCUUUCAAAUCUAUUGAAUGUUCUUAUAAAGAUGAUGCUGGCAACUCUUACGAUCUCUCUGCUCUGACACGUCAUAAAGAAAACUGGGAAGCCAUUUCAAAGACUGACUCUUCACAGAAGUAUUACAUUAAUGUGUGUAAAUCUUUAGUGCCACAUCAAGGAGUAGAUUUCUGUCCACCAGAUGCUGCAGCCUGCCUCAUGGAUGGGUCUAAAUACAUAAGCCUUGGUGAAGUAGGUGACGGACUCCAGCUGGAGAAUGGCAUUUUUGUGCUUAAAUACGUUAAUGGAGAAAAGUGCCCAGAUCAGAUCCGGAGGAAAUCUACGUUAAUCCGCUUCAAAUGUGAUGAAAAAAGUCUUGACUCCAAGCCAGAACUGAUAACAGCCAUUGAGGACUGUGAAUAUACAUUUGUUUGGUUCACUGCGUCAGCAUGUCCUCUGAAAAGCAGCAUACACAACAACUGCACGGUAUCCAACCCUCUUACAGGCCAUCUCUUUGAUCUUAAUCCUCUAAAGAGGCAAGAUGGUUACACUGUCUCUGACUUUAGGAACCACAGAACGUUGCAACUGAGUGUUUGUGAUGAAGCUAGAAGUCCGUGUGGUAGUGGAGUUGGUGUCUGCAUCAUUGAUGGUCAUCACCCACCCGUUAAUGCUGGAAGAGUGAACAAAACAUUGACCUAUGAGGACGGAGUUCUGAAAUUUGCCUACAAAGGAGGAGAACCUUGCCCUUCACACCCAGACUUGACGUAUACAAGUUAUUUCAGCUUUGUGUGCAGAUCUGAUGCUGGACCUGGUAGCCAGCCUGUUCUUGUGUCCUUUGAUGAGGCAACAUGUGCUUAUUAUUUGUCUUGGCACACUGUCCUAGCCUGUGAAGAAGAUAGUGGGGUGGAAUGCUCAGUGAUGAAUGGCAGUACAAUCAUUGACCUUUCCCCUCUGAUCCAUCAAACGGGCUCUUAUGAAGCCUUUGACUCGUCUGACCUAUCUGACCUUACUCCAGACUUCUAUAUAAACAUUUGCCAACCUCUGAAUGCCAUCAGAGAUGUCAACUGUCCACCAGGAGCAGCUGUCUGUAUGGUCCCAGUUACUGGCUCUCCUAUAGACAUUGGUCGCAUUACUGGACCUCCCAAGCUGAAUACUGCAACAAAUGAAGUUUAUAUCACUUUCAACAGUAACACUCCUUGUCCAGAAGACAAAAACCUUAACUAUUCUUCUCGCAUUGUGUUUCAUUGCAACAGAGGAACAAAUCUGGGCAAGCCCAAAAUGAUAGGAAAGUCUGCCUGUGAAUAUAUAUUUGAAUGGAGCACUCCAGUUGUAUGCCCUGAUAAAGUGGAUGUUUUGGGCUGUUCAGUGACUGAUGAACAGUUACACUACUCUUUCAAUCUGUCAAGCUUUUCUGGAAAACCUUAUAUGGUCCCUUCAGGGCACAGGAGUUAUCAUGUAGGAGUGUGCUCUGGUGCAUUAGAUGUUCCUCAAGGAAAGUGUAGAGAUGCAGCAGUUUGCUUUGUCUUUGGCAACAAAGCAGUCUCUUUUGGCAACAUAAAACAAAUGAAAAUGGACUAUCGGCACCAAGAUGAAGCUGUCAUUGUACAGUACAAAGAUGGUGAUGUCUGCCCACCAGUGACUGAGAUGGGUGAGCUUUGUGUCUUCCCUUUUCAAUACAAGGGCCAAAGUUACAGUGAAUGCAUUAUGGCGCAACAUGAGCGGCCGUGGUGUGCCACUACUGAAAAUAUGGAUAAGGACAACAAAUGGGGCUUCUGUGGAAAUGUAUCUGGGCACCGGGAAUCUACUAUUAUUUUCAAGUGUGAUGAAAAUGCUGGUGAUGGGAGCCCUCAGCUCUUGAGUGAGACCCUUGGCUGUUCUGUGACAUUUGAAUGGAAAACACAAGUUGUGUGUCCACCGAGAAAAAUGGAAUGCAAGUUUAUUCAGAAGCACAAAACCUAUGAUUUGAGAGUGCUGUCAUCCCUCACAGGAUCAUGGGUCUUUGCUGACAAGGACAGCUCGUACUACAUGAAUCUUUGUCAAAGAGUCCAUGAAGGACCUACUGGUUGUCCUGAACGGGCAAGUGUUUGCCGAAAAAAUCAAAAUGGGGCUGUACAGGUUCUGGGAUUAGUGCAUACACAGAAACUGAAUGUGACAGAUGACAAAGUUCUCAUCAGUUACUCAAAUGGUCAUGAGUGUCAAAAGAAGAACAAGAAAGCAACAACUGUUAUAGAACUGAAAUGUGGAAAAACAGUUGGCAUGCCAAGAUUUGAUAGGAUCGAUGAAGAAAAUUGUGCCUAUUACAUCACAUGGGAAACUCGGGCUGCUUGUGCUGUGAAACCACAAGAAGUAAACAUAAAGAAUGGCACAAUUAUAAAUCCAGUGACAGGGAAAAAUUUCAGUUUGGGUGACAUUUACUACAGAUUAUACAAUGCUUCUGGUGAUAUUAGAGCAAAUGGCGAUACCUACAUUUAUGAGAUUCAACUUUCUGCUAUCACUCAUUCCAACCACCAGGAGUGCAUGGGAGCCAAUAUAUGCCAAGUUAAAACAUCAGGACCUGGUUUCCGGAGAAUAGGAUCUUCUAACAAAGCUAAAUAUUAUAUUCAAGAUGAUGAUUUGGAUGUUGUGUUCUCCUCUGACUCCAGAUGUGGCAGGGACAAAACAAAAUUUGCGUCCUCAACUAUUUUCUUCCACUGUAAUCAGGAGGCUAAGGAAGGCAUCCCUGCAUUCCUUCAUGAAUCGUCAGAUUGCCAGUACUUAUUCACCUGGUAUACGUCAGCAGUCUGUCCACUGGUAAGUGCUGAAAUUACCAAUGACAAAACCUAUGAGGAAGAUCAUUUUCACAAAGGCCUUUCAGGAAGAAGCCAAGCAGUUGGUGCACUACUGAGUUUGCUCCUUGUGGUUCUUACAGCAUGUCUUGUGAUCCUGUUACUUUACAAAAAAGAAAGAAGGGAGACUAUGAAGCAAAAGAUAGCCAAUUGCUGUCGGAGAACAUCAAAUGUUUCUUACAAAUAUACAAAGAUAAAUACUGAAGAAGUAAAUGAAAAUGAAACAGAAUGGCUCAUGGAAGAAAUUGCUGCACCAACUCAGAAGUCAGAAAAUGAAGGGCAAGAAAACGGCCAUAUAACCAGUAAAACAGUGAGGUCAGAGGCCCUGACAUCCCUUCAUGUUGAUGACAUGGACAGCGAGGAUGAAGUUCUAACAAUUCCAGAAGUGAAGAUUCAUUCAGCUCGAGAUGUCCACUCCAGAGGCUUGGACACAAGUAGGCCUCAUCAUAAUAAGGCUCUUAACCAUUCAAGUGGUGAUAAGGCAAGGCUGCUCAAUGGCAGCAAAGGCAGCACUGCUUUUGGCCAACGGAAGGCGCAGAACUCAACAAACACUGUAUCAUUUCAUGAUGAUAGUGAUGAGGACUUGUUGAACGUUUAAAACUUCUCUUGUGCCUGGUUAAAAUUCCAUGUGUAUAUAUUACGAUGGGACAAAACACUUCCAACCAAAUAUGAGGACUUUAGCUUCAGAUGCCUUUCGUGAGGAAAUGCUUUCAAAGGGAAAAUAGGGGGGGAAGAAGGGUCAAUCCUAGCUGUUUACAAUGAUAUAUUUAAUGAUUACUGGAUUUCUAGCAUCCGGUGCACUUGACUGGUAAUUAUUCUCCUUCAGUCAGAAUUCUCAUUCUUCCCCUUUGUGUAGAUUGUAGAGGCUACAUAAUGCUUUCCAAGGGUAUGAACAAAUCUGGAUGAAGUCCUCUCUGCUUCAAGAUGAGAUCUGCAUUUUAACACUCUCCUUUGUAUUUAUUGUUCUCACGACUCAGGUCCACGAAAAUAAUAAUAGGCAACGUGUUCUUCCUGCAGGCAGGGUAUUUGUUCUACAGAUUCACCCAUCACAAGUACUGGAGAUGAGGGGGUUCUCUGUAUGUAUGUUUGCUAGGUUGCUUUGUUGUAUGUUUUGGAGCUGGUCUGUUUAAACUUGCCUGUGCAUUUGAUUCCUGUAUCCUAACUUAAAACAGCUUGUUAUAAUUUGAAAUGUGUUUUUACUGGAAGGUAUGAAUCUUUAUAGCUUUAUCCUUGGGAACAGUGGCUGUUCUUUGCAUGAUGAUUCUUUUUUGGUACCAGUUGUGUGAAGUCUUUCAUCAGUAUUGGCAGAACUGUUGAUAAAACACCAGAGCUCUCCUUUAAUGCUGACUGAGCUAAUUAGAGGAUAGCCUUUUUUCAGAUGAUUUCCUGUCUCUAAGAGUAGCACUGAACACAGAGGUUCUGUUGCAACUCCUUUAGUCCAAAUGUUCUCUGAAGAAGAAAAGUCCUGUACCUUUGCAGGGAGGAUGUGUGUGGAAUAUAUCCUGCUUCAGAGCCAUAAAAAGGGGGAAAAAAGAACUGCUGUAAAGCCACAGGCUCACUGAAGACUUACUUGCACAUAAAUGUACUCUCUUUUUUCGGUACUCAGUGGGUGAACAAAAAAAGGCAAAAAUAUUAUUAUUGAACUUUCUGGUAACUGAUCUGAUUUAAUCACUUUCUGGAACCACAGUGAUUAAAUCAGAUCCUUGGUGGGAGUGAACACCUGGCCCACAGCACUUGACAUCUGCUAUGUGUUUUUGUAAGAGGCUCAUGGGCAAAGGAGUGAGUUUCUACAGACAGUGUACUGGUCCUUGAGCUGGUCGGAUGCUCUUCCUUCUUUAUACAUUUUCUGUUCACACUUGUUUCCUUAAGGUUGAUUUCCACUUGGGAAUCAGAUUUAAUGUUACAAAGUGUUCAAACAAUUUCAAUAAAAGCAAAAUUAUGUUUCCCUAGGAAUCCAUUAGUGGUACAUAAAUGUUGCAUAAAUUCAAAUACCUGCUGCAA